AAUGUAAAGCUGUAGAUCAGAGUGAACUGAGAGUGGUUACCUGGUGCAGAGAUUGGUACCAGGAGGAUGACCUAAACCUGUGAAUGUAUUGGUGGCACACUGCCCUAAAAAUUGUUUGAACUCCGGUGCUACCAUUUCGUCGCCUUGCUAAAUCUCCCUGUCUAUGCUUGGGUGAACACUUGCUGACUGAGACCAUGUGUGCUUUGAAAUAAUUCUGCAGCAGCAGAAGCAUUCUGCUAGAGCGGCGGUCUAAGGUGAUUAAGUUAGUAGCUGUCUUCCUCAGUUACCCAGAGAAAACCCUACGUGCCCCUAUAAAAGCCCCGCUGCAUUGCAAGCCAACCUGAUGGCGUCCACUACUGCUGUGCCUGUAGGAUUUCACUAUGAAACAAAAUACGUAGUUCUCAGCUACCUGGGACUUUUAUCACAAGAGAAGCCACAGGAGCAUCCUCUUCCUUCAACUCAAGGGACUCAACAACAGCUUACAGCACAACAUGCUUUGGAAAAAGAGACUUUGGAGAAGAUUAAAAUAGAAAUCGAGGAGGAGCUAAAACAUCUUGAUGAAGAAAUCUUGGAAGCAUUUACCACUACAGGAUUUGACUGCCACACUUCCCCAGUGUUCAGUCCUGCCAAUCCAGAGAGCUCAAUAGAAGACUGCCUGGCUCAUCUUGGGGAGAAAGUGUCCCAGGAAUUGAAAGAACAUCUGCACAAAGCACUGCAGAGCUUGCUUAGCAAGCCGGUGACAUACCAAGAAUAUCGAGAGCGCACACAAGAAGCGGCUGCUCAUGCCAGUGGAUGGAACAAGGUCUUGGUACCCCUGGUUCUGCUACAACAAUUUCUGAUGGAGUUAACCAGACGGGGCCAGGAGCCACUGAGUGCACUUGUGAACUUCGGGGUGACAUAUCUAGAAGACUAUUCUGCAGACUAUAUCAUUCAACAAGGAGGAUGGGGGACAGUCUUUACAUUGGAAUCUGAAGAGGAGGAGUACCCUGGGCUGAUCGCAGAGGACAGUAAUGACAUCUACAUCCUGACCAGCGACAACUCGGGACAGGUGAGCCCCCCAGAGUCCCCCACAGUGACCACGUCGUGGCAGUCGGAGAACCUGCCCGUCUCCCUGUCAGCGAGCCAGAGCUGGCACACGGAGAGUCUGCCUGUCUCCCUGGGACCUGAGUCCUGGCAGCAAGUGGCCAUGGAUCCUGAAGAAGUCAAAAGCCUGGACAGCAACGGAGGAGGUGAAGAAAGGAGUGAGAACAACUCUUCCAACUCAGAUAUUGUUCAUGUGGAGAAGGAAGAGAUACCAGAGGGGAUUGAGGAAGCAGCGGUGUCAGCUGUCGCUGCAGAGACCGUGCAAGCAGCAUUUCCAGAAACCCCUGUGUCUUUACAGGAAGCAAAACCUCAAGCUGAAAUUGCUUCUGUUGAAAAAGCACAUCCCUCUGCACUUCUUCAUACAAAACAGGAGGAAAAGGGAAAAGUGGCUGAAGAGCUUGUUGAACCUGAAAUCCCCAUAUUAAGUAAACCUGUCCCAAAGUUGGCCCCAUCAGAAGAAAAGGCUGCACCAGAACCUGAGAAAAUACUGCUUCCAGGGGAAAAAAAAGUGGGGAAAGAGGCCCGUUUGGAAGAAAUAGAAGAGAAAUCCUCUGCUGCAGAGGAGAAGCCUAUCUUAUUGCCGGAGGGGAAAUCUAUAUUGCUGUACGGUGGGGCUGCUGCGGUAGCUAUAUUAGCUGUAGCAGUCGGAGUAGCGCUGGCGCUUAGAAAAAAGUAACGGAGGAGGAGGAGGAGAUGGGAGGGAGAAGAGAGCAGGAUCCCAUUUUUGUAGUUGUGUUACCUAAAGGUUGAGCUGCCUGCUGUUUAAUUGGACAUUUGAGUAACUUAAUGGUGAUGGGGUGAGGUUGUUCAAGAAGCCUCCAGCUGUGGACAAUCAUGUUUUUAGUAGAACUGGGGCGGGGACUGGUUUUUCGUGAUUAAAGUACAGGGGUAUUUUUAAAAAAAUAAUAAUAAUAAAUUCUGCAAAUUUAAGAACUUAAGUGCAGGUGCUGAAGAAGGGGGUGCUCGUACUCUAGGAACUGGAAUGGAGAAUCCCCAGGGGAAGGGGAGAGCCAGCUGCUGCCAGCCCCUGGAGUUUCUGGUGUCUCCGACUGACCGCCAUUGCAGCUGUGCUGUCUUGUCACUCCCCAUCGUGCCCCCAAGCCCUCCCUAACAAACAGUCCUGUAGCGAGAGGCUGGUCUCCCUUUUGUCUCAGCUUCCUCUCAGGUACAGCACUGCUCCUCCUAACCUCGCAGGUUCCUCUGAAGCCCCAGUGGGAGAGUGCUUAUUCUUACCUCUUUGCUCACACUGGUUUUGGCCCCUAAUGUUUAACUGGAGCCCCAUCCUGUAACGAUGCUGCCUCUCUGUAGCUAUGCUAUCUCUGAACAUGCCGGUGUUCUUGGGAAAGAGGAGCAGGACAGCGCUUCGGCUGCCCAGGAGGGUGGGAGGGACACUGCUGUUUGCUGGUUUGAGAAUCCAUUUGCUCUGCUCCCGCCCAGCCCGCUUUCCUGCCACAAAUACCGUGCUGGACACCGUACUGAUCAGUACUCGUGACACCUGGGUAGAUUCAGCAAAGAUAUGGCAAAGUAGGUGGAAGUGGGGCUGAUGCCUCCUGUGCAAUUCCAAAGUUAAGUGCUUGCUGUCCUGUAUCACGCUGCACCCUCUAUUGUCUUUCCCAGGUUAAGGACAGAGUAUAUUUGGUCUGAACUUGGUCUUGGCUGGGACAGAAUCCCCGAUAUAUAAAGCAAUGGAUUCUAGUAACUGAGCAAAGCAGCGUUAAACAUCUCCUCUAUCUGCCUGUUCGUGACCUGAUGCGGAGUGUUGUUCGCUGCCAUUUCUUUUGUGACUAUGAAUCUGCAAUUAACUAAACUUACAGGUUCACCAAUGAUGAGAAGGUUACUUGGGCAAAAAGUAAAUCCCUCUUCCUGCACUCGCAACGCUUUAAAUGUGUGUGAAGAGAAGCCUUCUGAGUAUCGCUGUAUGCGUUAGUUCCAUCAGAUCCAACCAUAAAUGUUCCUCUUCCAGUGCGCUCUUCUGUAUCCCUGUCCCUGCGGCAGCUCCGUGGGCAAGACCUGCGGCUUUCCAGGCAAAAGUACUGAGGCAUCUCUGAGGGUUUGUGCUGACACCAAGGCUUAGACCGGGUGGAGGUAGGUGAGAGGGAGCUCGGGAAAAUGUAAAAAUGGAAAUGUGGGCUUACAGGAAGCUUACUCUUCGUGAAGCACAAAGACAAGGUACUUUAUUUCUAAAUAAUCUUAUCUAGAGUAUGUCUCCUAAUGAGCCUGUUUUUUUAAGUGAUCUGAGAACCAAGAGACUUUAGCACAUUCUCUAUUUUAUUAUAUUCUUGCUACAUUUUCCUAUCCCACCCAUAUCACAGGAUGCUGGGAAGUCACUAAGAACCUGGCAGAUUAUGAGGAUUUUUGUUUGUUUGUGUAAGCUUUUUGAGAGUGGAUUUUUUAGAAAACAACUUGGAUUUUGAACUCUGUGUGUGAUGUUGAAUACUGAGAGGAAGGAUUGUCAUGUAUGUAGUGCUGCUGUGGACUGAACUCAGGAGCUCUGGAGUUCUGGACUUAACUGUGGAUCAUCGAUUGUUCUUUUUCCAAAUACAAAAGGUAACAGGUUGGCCUUAACAGAAAAAAAAAAACCCUUUAUCAUGUUACAAAAUGGAAUUAUUUUUUUAUUUGCCAUUUCCUGGUGCCCUGCUGGUCCUCUCAUUGCUGUGCUGUGCCCAGAACAUGUCUCUGGGACCUCCUCACACCAUGGACUCUCUGGUGUCUGCCUUCCCAUGGGCGCGGUUCCCUCUCCCAGGAGCUUCCCUCGCAUGGAGAAGUGUCUUUAUGCUCCUUUUGUCACAGAUGUGCACAAACAUUUACAGCUCUGCGUCGUGUGGCAGAACAGCAUUUUAUUGCUAUGGUCAGUGAGGGUACCUGGUUGUUCCUGUAUGACAAGGACUGCUUUCUGCCCAGUAAGAUCCCCCAGCUGUAACAAUGCAGUGGGUUACACAGAAGUACCCACAUGCACUCUGAAGCUGAGAUGGAUAAUUUUUUUUGACAUUCUGGAUAACUUGUGCACAAAUAGGGGCAGGGGAGUAGGACAGCUGGCUGGUUUUUUUUUAGCUCUUCUCCGUAUGUGGUUGUGUCAGUAGUGCAGGAGAUGGGUACAGAAUAGACAAGAAUAAAUCCAAGCUGGCUGGGGACCAAGUCCCUGGCUUGGCACAAGGAGCCCUGUGGGGCAUUAACUAAAAAGUAUGUUCUUCCACACGCAGCAGUGAGAGGGUGGCAGCAGUAGUAAGGAAAACAAAUUACUUUGUUUUGUUAAGUAUUUUCAUGGUGGAGUGGAAGCCUUGUGUUUGGUGUUGCUACAUUUAAUGGAGUAUCAGCUGCACCAUGUGUUUUGGUUGCUUGCUCCCUUUGUGUGUCUCAUUUGACGGUCUUAUGGAUUUGAAAAGUCCACAAGAAUUUGUACCCUCUUCUCCCCCACCCCACUGAUAACGCAUUUAGAAAAUGUACCGUAUGUGUCUCUUUCCUCUGGGAACACUCCAUUAGCUAAAAAGGUCAGCUAUGGGCUUGAAUUCUACAGUUUGAAGUCCAGUGGUGAGAGCUGGGACAGGCCCUGUGGACAUCACCAGAGGGUGGGUCAGCUCAGAUGACAGCGUUUUUACAGACCUGAGUGCCAGGCUGCUUGCUCUAUUAUAGGUGUGAAUUAGAAAAUGGAAGGGUGUUUACCUGUAUCUUCAAGUAUAUUAAAAGUAAUCACAAACUGCAGGGUCUAAUUACCCCAACCUGUGUGAUGUUUUAUCUCUCUUUAGUGGAUGUCUUGCAGCUGGCAGAGGAAAGGUAGUAGCUAUAUAUAUUUUUCAAAAGGGCAUAUAGAAUUACUCUCACUUGUGUUGCUUAUCCCCUUCCCAAAAGUGCCUCAAUAUCUGUCCUCGAGUGGCCUGUACCUUAAUAAAAUAUCUACCUUAGACCCAAACUUUCUUCACUUUAUCCUUGUCUACAGCACACCCUAAAGCUGAGAUGCUAAAACAGCAGAGGACUGGAUCUACAAAAAAGGGUUAAAUACUUAAAAAAACUGCAGUGGGUAGCAUGCUAAAUCAGGAGCUGUCAAGGAAAAGGCUUUCAAGGUAAGGUGCAACUUAAAUUUCAGUUGUGCUUAACUCUAGUCUGUGCUCAGCAAAUGAUCCUGGAACUGCAACAGGCUGAAAGCAAAGACUGAGACCCAGAAUCCCUUUGUUGCACAGCUCUCACUGCCUCCUGCAGCAGUAGGCUGUGCAAGAGCCUGGUCUCCUUCCUCCUGAGUCCCCCAAACAUCACAAGAUCCAGGCUGGGGAGCUGUAGUGGGCACAGCAGGGUCAAGCUGUCCAGCGAGAGCAAAAUCAGAGUAUUACUGGGCAUGCACAGAGAGGCAGCUUGAAAAACUUCAGGUUUUGAUUCUCAUCGGCCUGGGUAGAUGCUGAGGAGGGAUUCUCAAGGGGAUAAUUUGGCUGAUAAAAAAUACUGAAAAGAACUUAGAUCUACAAUACUUGAUUGGGCGCAAUGAAACAAGCUAGAGCUAAGAAAGCUAAACUUGUGCAGCCUUCUGUCCAUUCAGUCACACUGCUGCCUGCUCCAGGUACUGACCAGUCGCUACCAGUGUGGAGCCGGGCAAAGCAGUGUGUGUUCUCUGUCUAGUAUUGCACCCAGUUCUAGACAUGAGUUUAACUUCUGGCUGGAGGUGAAGUGCCUGUUGCUGUGGUGGUUGCAGUUUGUUUCUUUCCUAACCUGCCUUCUGAAGAGCAACUGGACUACUCCAAGAAUCCAGCCUUGCUGUUUGUGAGGGCUUUUCAUCCUGUUUGCAGGGGGGGGGAACCUGUAGCUCAAGGGCUGGGUGGCAGCUGUAGAGCUGAGUGCUCUUGCACAUGGCAAGUUCUGGUGCCAGAAUAGUUUCCUUCCUUUUCCCAUCGCUCUGACCACAGCUGGGCUAACACUUUGGACUGUAUUUUUACAGUAAUCAAUGCUUUCUAAUGGUCACAAAUGAAAAAAAAUUCCACAUUUGUACUGAACAAGGGAGGUUCUGAAGUUUGUUCUUUUUUUCAUUGUAAUGAUUGUAUUAGACAAAAUAAGCUGAGGUCAUAAACCUUCCCUACAUUUUAUUUCACCUACAGCACUGUGGCAGUACUAACAAAGCCCUAUUAAGGUAGAUCUUGCUAUUUUAGCAUUAAAAAAAACAAAUAGAAGUGCUUCUGGCAGCAUAGACUCCCAUUCACUGAACUGAAUCAAGUUCAUGCUACAGAAUUUAAAUGUAAUUACUAGAUUCUUUUGCUGUGAAGUAUGGGAGGGGGUGUGUGUGGAGGGGUGAACACAGCCCCAGCUGCCAUGCCUGGUGGAGCCCACAUCUGCAGUAGAAUGUGUCCUUCCAGACAUGAAAUGUACUGAAGGUCAACCCAUCUACCUGUAUGUAGCCCAACAGGAGCAGACACACAGCAGUAGUGUUGACUCCAGUAGGUUACACAGCAGGAGAAGGUUUCCCAGUGAAACCUGGAGGGGUGAGGCACAUUAGCUCCCCUCCCUAGUGAAGGGAGCUGUGCAGAACUUUAAUUUGGCUUGGUCAAUUUCAUUUCAGCUCUGGAAUAGUACUGCUUUGACUCUAUGUAUGUGUCUGUGCUUCAAAGUGCAAACUCUGUGUUGCCAUAAAAAAGGGUUUUGUUGGUCACUGGUAGAGCUAGCUCUCAGACCCCUGCAGUGCAGGGACAGCAGGGCUAACUCCAGGCACAGGUACUCACUCAUUUUGUGUCUCCUGAAGCAAAUUCCUGCCUGUUGUACUUGGCUGGGAAAGAGAAGUGCACCCACUUGGGAGGGGUCAGCUGUAGUGUUACCAAUACAUCACAAAGCCACUCAACCUUAUCACUUUUUUUUUCCUCCUAAGUCAAGCUGAUCCUCUCUCAGUCUCUUAGGUAGGCUGACUUGCUUCCUCCCAGCUCGAGGGCUGUGGUUAUGCUGGAGAAGUGGGGGAACUACAGUUGGCUUCCAGUGGAAGCUGCUUUUGCUCUCCCUGCAGUAUCUGCAGGGAAGGGAAGGAACACAGGUGAUUUGGACAGAACAAACUGCAGAGGAUGCAUCUUACUGCUACACCUUUUGGGGGUUUCUCCCCCUUUUUAUCUUAGGUUAUAAGCUUUUCUUCAAGUGCAGAGGAAAAACCCACUCAGACCAAAAGAAUGCCACUUGAGUUGUUAAGUAGCAAAGACUAAUGGGACUGGGUGAUAGGGGAUAUCCUCUACUAGGCUUCUGCUGGGUGUAAGCAGAUGGUGAAGGACUUGCAGGGAUUUUAGAUUCUGUUCUCAAGAGGCCUACCCAGGGGAAGUGACCCUGACUGGUCCUCAAGUCACCCAUUAUCCAAGGAACUGGUCAUUGUUCCUUUGAAUAUGCAAGUGCAGCCCACUUGGGGAGAACUAUCUAAAGCUUCUUGUGCCAUCUGGUUAAUAAGUGUUUCCACCUUAAAAAAAAAAAGUUCUUUCCAGCUUCAUUGUUCCAUAUUCAGUUGAAGUGAUGGGGUAUGUACAUUUUUUUCCCUCUGCUAAUAGGACACUGCUGUAAGACCAUGCCCCCAGGUUGCACUUUAAUAAAUGGUACAGUUUUCAAAA